GGACUGGAGAUGAGAAUGGGAAUGGAAAUGGGAAUGGAUGCGACAAACUCCAAACAAUUAAGACCUUGGAGGAAAUGUUGCUGGAAAUAGAACUAAACCAAACAUGCAUCACUGCAGGCCAGUCUAUGGCCGUCCUAUAUAGACCAUCCGGCUCUAAUGACAACGGCCUUAACAUGUACCUGAGUGACACUGAGGGUUCUGUAAAUGAGGAUCUGCCCGGCCGAAAAUUGCAAGCUCACCUGCCUAAAGAGCUGAAACUUGGACCGGCUCAUACAGUCGCAUUCUGGUCGGUUCAGCUUCCAGCUGAGGAUGUUUGGAAUGGCUUAGAGAACCUGUUUGAGCACAGACUCAUUGGCCUGAGUGUCCGUGGAAUGGACGUUUCUGGACUUACGGAACCAGUCAAGAUCACAAUGAGAAUCACUACAAACAUAAGUGAACCCGUGAACGUCACAUGUGUGUACCUAAAUACAACAGGAAAUGAUACCAUUCCAAGACAAUGUGACGGUGUGGAUUAUAAUAGGACUCACGUCACCUGUUCCUCCAGUCAUCUCACGUACUUUGGUGUGCUUCUGGUGUCUGCAGACCUCUCAGACAAAGAUGCUGUGAUCUUGUUCUACAUCACCUACAUCGGCUGUGGUAUCUCUCUGUUAGCUCUGGUCGUCACUGUUUUGUUCUUCCUCACAAAAAGAAAACUCAGAGCAGACGAUUCCAAGAAGAUCCACAUCAGCCUGGCAGUCGCUCUGAUCCUCCUCAACGUUCACUUCCUCUCCUGCCAGGCGGCGGCAGCGUCGUCCUCCACUGAGCUUUGUCUCUAUGUGGCUCUUCUUCUUCACUACUCUGUGCUGGCUUCUAUCACCUGGAUGGCCUUGGAGGGCUUCCAUCUCUACCUUCUCCUGGUCAAAGUCUUCAACGUCUAUGUGAGGCGAUACCUUCUGAAACUCAGCGUGGUGGGAUGGGGUCUUCCAGCAGUCAUUGUGUCAGCGGUGGCAAUCAUCGACAAGAACUUCUAUGGCCGUACCCCUGUGAUGUCAUCCAGACCCAAUGAAAGUGAAAUCUGCUAUAUAACCGAUGACAGAGUGAAACUGGGGACCACACUGGGACUGUUCAGCAUUAUGUUCCUCUUUAAUGUGAUCAUGUUUGGAGUGACAAUCAAAUGGUUUGUGAGCACCCACUUUACCAAACAGCAUGGACAGAGAGAGCGCUGUGUGGCUCUGAAAGAAAUCGUGACCCUGCUGGUUCUCAUGGUUCUGCUGGGCCUGUCCUGGGGGCUGAUCUUCUUCUCUUUGGGCCAGCUUCCUGAACCCGGCCUCUACGCUUUCUGCAUCCUGAACUCUCUGCAAGGUUUCUUCAUCUUCAUUUACUUUAUGUUGCAUUUGAAGAAUUCAGGAAACCAAUCUGCCACUCCCAGCCCUGCAACGCAGGCUGAAAGCUCCUGACCUCUAGUGGGAUCUUACUCAGAGUAAACCACUCAAACACAACCAAAAAGCAAAAUGCAAAUAAAAGCCACACACAAACAAAACCAUAAAUAAAAUUGACUAUGUGACUGUAAACAAAAUCACCCUUGAAAAAAUACUAAUCAUCAGAAUGGAAAUUAUUGAGCCUGUUUUAAUUGAUCGUGUGAUUAAUUGAUUUAUUGCUUAUUGACUGGUUUCUGCCUUCUCGUGUCACAAGAAAAGGCAGUUUUAUUGAAAGCACUCUCACAUUUUUGGACGCUGCACUCACCUGUAGGGGUCGCCCUUGUGACUGAUUAUGUUAUCUGAUCUUAAAGGAGACAAACCCUUCUUAAAGGUGGAGUAACAAUCAAGAAUUUUAUAAAGUCAACAAAUUUCCACAUAAAAUGUCAGAUUUUCAAAGUUUAAAAAUCAUAUAAAAGUGAUGAUAUUGACUGGAUCCUUCACCACCCUGUGAUGACUGCAGAUAUUAAAUGUUUCUGGUAAAGAUGACAGGCAGCAGCACCUGGUCAGGCUGCUGUGAAUAUUUCCCCUUCAUAAUAAGCACUUUAAUUUUGUGUUUAUUUGUGUUAUCUUUGUCUAAUAUUUACAUUUGUUUGACCAUCAAAAAAUAAGGAAUCAUGAAGGAGUGAGAUUUUUUUUUUCCAACACUGCUUUACGUUUUGAAGAUUUACACAUGAAGAAUAAUUCAAGUCUUGAAUUAAAUGUUUUUCACUCCUUCUAGGCUUUUAAGCAUAUGGAUGUAGUGUAGGUUAUUAUUUUGCUUAUUGCCUUUGCCUUCUAACUGAGCCAUUCGUUUAACUGACAGUGUGUCAUUUUUAGAAUAUUUGCACAAAAGAUCUUCAGCAUCUCUUGUGAUUGAAAUCCAAUGGUGAAUUGUUUACAAUGAGGACUUUCUUUAUGCUUCAUGCCUCACUUUCACACAGAGAUUGCAGUGGCUGACAGAACAUCCUCUAAAAAAGUCUUAAACCUAAGAGGAGUAAGGAAUGGAAUCCAGAGCAAAAUGAACAGAACUUCAGAAGCACAAACAACUUGGAAUCAGUGAGAAUAAUAGAACUAGUUUUCACGCUUCAGUUAGAGCUACUAAGGCAGAUGUUUCAGCAGGAAAAUGUUUGAACAUAGAGCCAAAGGUUUAUGCUGUUUUUCUUGCAAAAUACGAAAAAAAUAAAAAAAUAAAUGACCAAAAGGGCACUUGGGGGCAAGGAGCAAAAGGGGCAGGGGCUCAAGGCCCCUUCAGCUCCCCCUCUGCAUGUGCCUGUGUUGCUGGGAUCAGGCACAGAUGACAUCCGGAGUUGUCUUUGUGAAUUAAAAAAAAGGUUUUAUUUACCUUAAUAUAAAAACUCAGCCUGUCACACUCGGUGCUUAACGCUCCUCAGCAGAAUGAAAACAGCGCAGUGCCUCUCAACAGCACGUUCCAGGAACACAUGUAAAACAGUCGCAUUCAAUGACAUAUAGGAAAUAUCAGUACCAAGGAUCAAGGCACCCGACAGACACAAAACCAACUUCCAAAGGAAUCAACAAGCUACAAUGACGAAUGAAUGAACUUAUUAUAAUAAACAAAACAAAUUGGGUGAACUAUAAUACACAUGAACAGUUCAAUAAAUAAAUAAACUAAUAAAUUCAGUGUCUCUCACUCUCCCUCACUUUAGAAAUGUCGUCUUGACAUCCAAGGCUACUUGGUCAUUAAACCGCAGCACUGAUGUAAUCAGUUUAGCUUUUUUUAGUCCAAUAUUUAGUUUGUUAAUAUUCAAACUAAUUAUCCUGCCUGGGAAUGUGCUUAUUUCUGUAUUCCAUUGUUUUCAUUGCAUUCUGAAAUGUUUUUGGUUUUUUUAUUUUACCAAAGCCACCAUUAACCUUGUACAUUUACACAUUAAGUGGCUACUGUUCUGUCUGUAAAACUUGGUUCUCCAUGUGUAAAAUAUGUCUGUCUGUGGUCUCCUUCGCUCUCUCCUUGGGCGUGGACUUGACUGUCUUGCCUCUACGGCCUGUUCAAAGUCAGAACCACUCUCCCCAUGAUGUCCACAUCCUCUGGUUCGGUAAUGUUAGCAUUUUCCUCAGCAGUUUCUGUACAAUCACCGUGACCAUCUUCUUCUCUGUACAGAGGUUCGUUGGCACAACUGUCCAUUUGUGGCACAUAUUCCAUGGGCCCCAGCGUAGGUAAACCUCUUCCAGAGGUUUUCACAGAAAACCUCUGUGAAAACCUCAGGAUUUCUCAUUUUGGUAGAAAAUGGCAGGAAGGUUCUCACUGUCUGUGAGGCUUGACAAAACAUAGUGGACAGGUUUCAGCAAUAAGACAACAUAAUAAGAAUCUUUUAUUACUUUGUUUCAUUUUCAAAAUUUUUAUUAUUAUUUUUAAACUUUAGUUGGUGAGAAUUGAACAAAAUCCAAUAUUUAAUGGUUAAAAGGUGUGUUAGAUGGAGAACGCUUUAAAGGAUUGUACCAUCUCAACGCCAGCAAGUGUGAAAGAAGGGGCAGGUUACUGCCAAAGGUGCAUCAGCUCUUUCAUUGCCUUUGGCAACAAAGUCAUCAUAAGCAUCAGAACCAGGCCAACUGCAAGUAAUAUGCUUGGAUUCAAUGGGUUGUUAACGUGAGCUGAGCGGUGUUUAUGAGUAUGCUGUAUAUUGAUGUAUUAUGCAUGCA